UAUAUUAUACUGCAAAAUUUUGAAUCAACAUUUCUUGAUAAAGAUUCUUAUCGAAUAAUACGCAAUUGUGUAUAAACAAAACGAGACAAUGGGCGAUAAUGGGCGAAUAAUAAAAAUUCUAAUAAUUGGCGAGAGUGGCGUUGGAAAAUCAAGCUUGAUUCGUCGUUUUGUUGACAACGAGUUCGAUGAUAAUCACGAUGUCACCAUAGGCGUUGAUUUCAAAACCAAAUUGAUGAAUAUCGAUGGAGUUGAUUUCAAGCUUGCCAUAUGGGAUACUGCUGGCGCAGAACGAUUCCGCAGUCUUACACCCAGUUUCUAUAGGAAUGCCAAGUGUGCCAUAUUGGUCUAUGACAUCACAAGUCGAGAAUCUCUUCAAAAAUUAGAAUCAUGGUUGUUGGAAUUGGAGAACUACAGCAACAAUCGUAAUGUACCCACCAUGGUCGUGGGCAAUAAAAUUGACAUGGAACGUGCAAUCACCAGAGAAGAGGGUGUUUUGUUUGCUAAGAAACAUCGCUCGCUGUUUCUAGAAACUUCGGCUAAAAAUAAUGUUUCAGUUGCAGAUGUGUUUGAAGAAAUUGUGCGAAAAACGAUAAACUCCGAUGAUUUCGAAAUGGGCUUAAGUAAUGGUAUCAAUGUUGCAGAGGGAGAACAGGCCGUUGAAUCAACAUGCAGAUGUUAAUAUUUAUAAAAACAAA